GGAUUUCGCGGCUUGCUGGGGAAGGGAUAAAGGAUGGACGAUGACCCGAAAGACUCUUCUUUAUAAGCCCCAAUACCGGCGUACGCAAGUUAAAAUAUCCCCACGGGUAUGCCAUAACCUAACCAGUACGACUAUUUCCCUGCGCUGUUUAUGUUUGGGAUUUCUUAGACUGCAAGCAAACAAUCAGUAACUAGAAUUAAUAAUGAAGGGGAAUCCAAAAAAGGGGAGGAAGGGGGAAAAAUCCCCCCAUCAACACCUCAACACGCCACCAAUAAAAACCUACCAAAUAAUAUAAACCCGAUUCUUUUUUUCUGACAGGCUUGCAUCCAUCACAAAGCCUCUUCACAGACGAUCUCGUCUUCAUGCCCCGAACCUGUCCCACACCAUUCGCAUUCCCAACAUUUUUAGCAACACUCUUCACCGCGUUACUCGAAACGGCGGCGCCCAGUUUUGCAAAUAGGCUGAUACGGCUCCAUGGCAUUUGGCUAGCGAUUGUGGAGGGUCUGCCGCUGCUGCCGGAUAAGGACCAGAUGGAACGGGAAGACAUGGUGCAGCGUAUUUUGCGCGUGAAUGGGGUGGUGAGUGUUCGGAGGGAGAUGAGAGGAGAGAGAGGGGAGGAGGAGAGGAGGGAGCGGAAGUUGGUCAUUUUCUAUGUGUGUACGGUCUGCGCCGGACAAUUGGCGGUCAGUCGCCCUUUUGCUUGUGGUGAAGGUGUUGGUGGUGGGAUUGAUCGAGAGGAGGGACUAGGCUUGAAGGCGGGGAGAAGGUGGGCUCGUUUAGGGAUGUAUGAGAUGGAUGGUUAAUUCAUGAUCCCUUUUUGCUUUUUUUUUUAACUGGUCAAGCAUCGGAUUGAGGAGUUCGGUUCCUACGUGGAGGUUUCUAUUUCAUCUCCGCGAUUUGAUGAAUUCCCCCAAUGCUCGUUGGAGAGGGAACUCAGCCGGAAUUUAGUUUAUCCGGUCGCGACGAGGGCCUGUUUUGAAAUGGGUUUGGCAAUGGAAGAAACUAUGAAAAAGAGAUCUCUUCACGCUACAGCUGAUUCCCGCAUGUACAUGUGCAUGUGCCAUCGAUUCUUUUUAUCUAAACCUAGUUAAUGUGAAGCUGAGUAAAUCAAUAGAUUAGAGUUCAAUAAAAGCUAAAAAUCUUCAAACGC